AUGGGAGAAGCAAACAAUCUAUCUGAAAAGAAGGGAAAUGCGCAAAAAUACAGUUAUUACAACCAACGUGCAAUAAAUCCUCAUCCGUUCAAAUUGUUUCAUAAUAGAACUACUGGAAAAUAUAUCAAUCCUCGUUUAAGUUUACGUAGACAAGCGCAAUUAGGAAAACAAGCUUUUGCAGAAGGAAGAUUUGAUGAAUUAAUUCAACAGAUCGAUCGAUUAAACUUUGGAAAUGAAUAUUAUGCUGGAGAAAAGCUGAACAAGAUGCGAAGCAGAAUCGCAGAAAUAAAAGCCGAGGAACAAGACUUGCAACAAAAAGCAAUGUCAGGAGAAUUAGAACAAAUGAAAGGACCCAAAAGGAGACAAAAUAUCACCGAUCGCCUUUCAAAGAUGGAUCAAACAAUCGUGGAUUGGAGAAAACAAAGAAAGGAUGUCAAGACAAAAGCAAAACCAAAGCUACCAUUCUAG